AUGCAAAGAAGGCAAGGCACAGCCUGCCAGGGGCAGCUCAAUCUUCACAAUUACGUGUGGACCUUCAACCUGAUCCCUGAACAGGUACAGCUGGGCCCUGAACGAUCGGAGCUUCAGAAACUACCACUCGGUCAGAUGUCAAGUUCAGAAACCAACCCCUGCAUCAGAGACGAUGCCCCAGGCGCUAUCGGGAUUGUUUGGCACGUCUGCAAGGACCCAAUCUUCUGUCUGGCCAAGCUUCCGAGGUUCCGCGACUACGUUUUGGAGGGAGACCUUCUGCUCUUUGGGCCACAUGGAUACAGGACCUACCCGGAUGACGAGUCGGAGGCCCUAGUUGCCGUAAGCAUAGCUUGCAGAGGUACCUGA